UCCGCGCAAUGCUAUCGUUGAAUGAAUGAAAGUUGUUCAAUUUAAUAUUCGAUUAUAAACUCAAAAUUUUUAUUAAAUACUGAAGGAAAUGGAAUCUGAAUGCAUUUCUGGUGUUAACCUCAUGGAAAGCAAAACAGGUCAAAAGAUUCUUUUCCGAGAAAAUGAGAUUAGUUUUAUAAAGCGGUAUAUGGGAUAUCCAUCUAGUUUUCCGUAUCCUUCCUUAUUAAUUUAUGGCCACACAACAACAGGGAAGACUUUAGUCGUAUUAGAAUUAAUGAAAAGCUCAAAUGUACCUUAUGUAUGGAUCAACUGUCAUGAAUCUUGUAAUGCACAAUCAUUGUUUGCAAAGGUUAUUCAAGUUCUUUGUCCGGGAGACACGGAAAAGAAAAUAAAUAACAUGCAUGAAUUUUUGAACUUUCUGAGAAUUAAAUUAAAGGAAGCAUUUGAGACCACGUAUUUGAUUUUUGACUGCGCGGAAGUGUUAAGAAAAGAAGAUCCAUUCCUGUUAUCUGUUCUUUUAAAAUUACAAAUGUUAACUACAGUAAAUAUUUGCACAAUUUUUAUUUCUGAAUUGCCUUGGAGAGCAUUUAGGUCCCAAGUAAAUUGUUUUGAUCCUAUCUCUCUUCACUUUCAAGAUUAUUCUAAGGAUCAGAUAGCAGAAAUAUUAACACUGGAUUGUCCACCUGAACAUACAGUUGUAUUUUACAAAAGCUAUGUAAAUGUAAUUAUGAAGACAUUUUUUAUACUGACAACAAACAUUUCUGAGCUACGCCAUCUUGCUGAAAUAAACUUUGAAAAAUACUGUGAACCUCUUCAAGAAGAUGAUGAUAUAGAAGUCAGCAGUUUCCGUCUGUGGAAAAAUAUAGAACCCACUUUAAAAGAAGCUAUGGGCUCAGUUUAUCUCCGAGAAAUAUCUAGUUCUAAAUGGAAAGCAUACUGUUCUACUAAAGACCAAAAUAGUGAAAAUAAAUGCUCUAUAAUUACUUUAGAUAAAUUCUCUGCUACAAGAGAAUUACCUUUUUAUUCGAAAUUUUUGUUACUUGCAGCCUACUUUGCUUCCUACAAUCCACCUAAAAGUGAUUUCAGGCAUUUUGUUAAAAACCAAGGGAAGCAGGCUAAGAAGCGUAUUACAAAAAAAGUUGAGAAAAAUCGUCACCUUCUGGGUCCUAAGCCAUUUACAUUAGACAGAAUGUUAUCUAUUUUCUUUUCAAUUGUUGGAGAGAAAGUGCUUCCAUCUUCUCUAAUAUUUUCGCAAAUAUCUUCACUUGUUCAAAUGCGUCUUAUGUCUCGUGUUUCUACAGAUGAGCAUUUAGAUUGUCCUAAAUAUAAGUGUUUAGCAGAACUUGAUUUAGUGAGUAAAAUAGGUAAAACUAUUAGCAUUGAUGUUAUGGGUUACUUAGAUGAUUUCUUAUGAAAUUGCUUUUCAAUAAUGGUAUGUUCAUAUUAAGCGUCAUUUUAAUAAUUGAACAUGAAUGAAUUAUUUUUGAAUUAUAAUUGAAGAAUAUAGUGUUGUACUUAAUCAAUUAUAGCAAAAAUUUUAAUAAUAAGUGAUUUUCAGCAUGUCUUCCAUUUAAAAAAAAAAAAA